AUGGCGGGCGACUUUCCAGAGUACGCGGACGACAGCUGGAUGCACUCGGCGUUGCCCUACCCCGACUCAUCGGAUGACAAGGUCGACGAGGUCGACGCGGUGGAGUCUGAGUCUAAGGACACCGCAAUGACCACACAGGAUUUGAUCAAAGCGCACUUUCGAGCGCUCCGCGGUGAAUCGGCCGCGACACCGGAUAUGGUGGCCGUUCCCGUCUCGAGCGUCGGUACUGCUAUCAAAGGCGUGGGCAAUAACGCCUCGUACCGAGCACCUCUUACCAGCAAGCCUCUCAUCAGCGAGCCUCUCGCCAGCAAGCCUCUCGCCAGCAAGCCCGUCAGCAAGCAUCUCGUCAGCAAGCCACAGAUGAAACAAGCAUCGCAUCCUCCCAUUUUUAAUCUCAGCGACGAUGACCUUGAACGAAUGUCGUCUGCGCUACGUCAGCAUGGCUACCAUUCGGAGACCAAAACCCUUCCUGUCCCAAGCUUCAAGGGAGAUGCUACGUCGCAGACUCGACCAAAGGCAAAGAUGCGCGCACCCUAUGCGGCGAACUUCCAKCCUCUCGAUGAUCCAAACUCGGGUUUCUCGUCGAGGAGUACGCUGGCUCACGCUUCGAAAGGGGAGAAAGCCAACUUUGCCGCACUGCUCACCAGCAGCAUUGAUCCCGGGUCCUACGAGAUGCGAGGCCAAGACGGUGAACAUGACAUGCCAGACGAAGAUGUGCGUGACGCUAUUGCCUAUGGCUCGUUGGCGCGGGCCUACAAGACACCCACCGCGGAGCCGGAAUCUCCGUCAAACACAACAUCCACGUCUUUGGACAUUGAAGCACUGUUGGAUGCCGCCGCCAAGGAAAUGGAACUGUACAAGAUAAGCGCAGAAGGCUCUGCCAACAAGCCAUUACCUGCCAACAAGCCAUUACAUCAAGGCCAGUCCAAAAAGUCGACCGAGAAGGCCAGCGUCUUCCUCCGACCCUCCACCAGUACCCAUCGAUCGCAGCUCGCAUCAGCUCAAGCUCACGCAUCACUAUCAUCUACAUCACUGCGACCCGACACCACAUUCCCAGACAAGGACAACAUCUUCUACCAACCACAAAUGACUCYCUCAUCCGCCGCGCAACAGAUCGUCAAUAUCUUACGCGCUGCAAACGCCCUCACCGCACACCACUGCGACGAACAGAUGGUUCACACAUCCAAUCUCAAGCCUGUUGUCAUCAAACAAAUGCAUGACAUGAUGCGUGAUCUCUACUGGRUCGCGCAGUUCUUGCGUCUGGGAAAGUUGGGAUGGGACCUUGUUAAGCUUCCGCAUGCAUUCUACGACGACGUCAAGAAUAUUAUCCCGGGUCUGACGAGGCAACUCGAGCAGCUUGGUGGUAGGAAGGGUUUGGGGUUUCUGACGGGUGGUCUCUGGGUGGUAAAUUCAGUUGAACGGGCUGUGUGCACGUUGCAGGCGACGAGGAAGGAGCAGGAGAACCAGGCGAAGAUUAAGUGGGAGGCGACGAGGAGGGAGCAGGAGAACCAGGCGAAGAUUAAGUGGGAGGUCAAGCAGAUUGAGGAUGCUGUACAGGCUUUGACCGAUAAGUACAAGGGUGAUGAUGAAGGCUUCAAGAAGAUCAGGGUAGCGAGGGUGAGCAGGCCAGUGAGGGAGAGCAAGGUCGAGGCUGCGAGCAAGGCCGUGGAGGCGAACAAAGUUAUGGAGGCGAACAAAGCUGUGGAGGUUAGCAAGGCCGUGGAUGCGAACAAAGCUGUGGAGGUUAGCAAGGCCGUGGAUGCGAACAAAGCUGUGGAGGUGAGCAAGGCCGUGGAAGCUGAGGAACAUUAG